ACCGAGCACCAUCCGGUUCGAUCGAUCGAUCGGUCAGUAUCAGGCCAGCCUGAGAUUCGGUACAUUUCCACGCAGCAGUGUGUUGCCGCUCCGUGCAGCAAGAAGCAAUAUCGUCCCUUCGGAUCCACAUCCCGAUACGCAAAUUGUUGUGGCAUGUGCAAUGUGUGCUAAUGAAUGAAGAAUUCCGCAGAAUCGCAUCAACCGAUCGAACCAACGGCACGUGAAUUGUAGUGCGACAAAGCAAUCAAACAAAUUAUUUAAAACAAAGCAGAUCAAUUCAACGAUGGAUUCCACCCCAAAGACAAUUGCCAAAGGAUUAACCGUACGUGAUUGGGAUGCAUCCACCCGGCGGCAUUCAUUCGAUUGCCUCGUGCAAAGGUCACCCCCAGCAACUGUGGUCCCGUGUUUGCACACCAACUGUGUCACCUUGGCUAUUGCGUCCCCAACCGUGCCGGUGCGCGAGAAAUGGACCAGCAACAUCGAGUUUACGCUCUCCUGUAUAGCGUACUCGGUCGGAUUCGGCAACAUCUGGAAGUUCCCGUACACCGCCCUGGACAAUGGAGGCGGUGCCUUUCUGAUACCGUACCUGGUAGUGCUGUUUGUGAUCGGACGUCCGCUCUACUACCUCGAGAUGGCAAUGGGACAGUUCUGUAGCCGUGGGUGUGUUAAGAUUUAUGAUAUGGCACCGGCAAUGCGCGGUGUCGGUGUGGGCCAAUCGGUCGCAAUGGUAGUAGCAAUGUCCUACUAUACGCCCGUGUUGGCCAUCACCUUGCGUUAUCUGCUGCUAUCGUUCAGCAGUGAGUUACCGUGGAGCAAGUGUCAUCACUCGUGGAGCCGGUGUAUUGAUUCCGAUUUUCGCGGAUAUUCCAACACGUCCGAAGCUUCCAUCGAGGAUCGAAGAAAUGUGUCCGCGGAGUUGUACUUCACCAACACUAUAAUGCAUCGAGCUCCGUUAGCAGAAGGACUCGGAUGGCCUGAUGGGAAGCUGGUCCUCUGUCUACUCGUCUCAUGGUCCAUCCUCGUUGUGAUCCUUAUCAAGGGCGUAAGGAGCACAGGCAAAGCGGCCUACUUUCUUGCCAUCUUUCCGUACGUGAUCAUUUUCAUUCUGCUUGCACAUUCACUAAGCCUUGAAGGUUCGUUCGAGGGUAUCAAGUUCUUUCUGACGCCCAAAUGGGAAAGUCUUUUUACGGCCAAAGUCUGGAUGGAAGCCGUAACGCAGUGCUUUUUCUCACUAUCGAUCUGUUUCGGUGGUAUCAUCGCGUACUCUUCCUUCAACAAUUUCUCCAAUAAUGUCUACCGGGACGCAAUGAUUAUAUCCUGGCUAGACACUUUCACAUCAAUCAUCGUGGGAUGCAUCGUGUUCGGUGUGUUAGGCAAUCUGGCUCACGUCACGCAUAGAACCAGCAUCCAGGAUAUUGUGCGGGAAGGACCGGGACUAACCUUCAUGGCAUAUCCCGAUGCGAUCGCCAAAUUUGAGUACUGUCCGCAGCUCUUUUCCGUACUCUUCUUCCUGAUGUUCUUCAUCGUAGGCAUUGGUAGUAAUUUGGGUGCGAUCACCAGCGUCAUCACAGCCAUCCGCGAUCGAUGCCCAACGGUAGAAAACUGGAAAAUCGUCAUGGGCGUUAGUGUGACGAUGUUUUGCGUUAGUGUCGUCUACUUAGCACCCGGUGGGUUGGAUCUUCUCGACGUACUUGACACUUAUGGUGCGAAGUACGUAACGCUCACGCUCGCACUGUUUGAAAUUCUUACCUUCGGCUGGAUCUACGGUGUGGAUCGAGUCUGUCGUGAUAUAAAGUUUAUGCUCCAGAUCGAAACGGGUUUGUUUUGGCGUGUGUGCUGGGGUUUACUUGCACCGCUACUGGUGGGUGUUAUUCUGAUAGUGAGUUUUGUCGAUUACGUCCCACUAAGCGUCCCGGUGGAGUAUAAUGUUGGUGGAUGGAUUCUGUACACAUUCGCCAUCCUGCAGCUACCAAUAUGGGCCGUUUACGCGAUCAUAACACAAGACGAGAAAGAAUGUCGAACCAAAUGGAAAACAGCCUUCGAGCCCACCACCAACUGGGGUCCAGAAAAUGAAAGCACCCGUGAACAAUACAACAAGAUGGAAAACAAACGGUGCCAGUUUACUACUGACCCAAGUCGACAUUGUACGCACAGAUUGUGUGGUAAAAUAUUUAAUUAACAGUAGUACAGCAGGACAAAUAUUUAUCUUCCCUCCCUUGUCCUUGUUAUCCGCUUAACCGUUUGCUUCGCAUACCGAACACCACCAUUCAGAUAAAACUAUGCAGUGAGCUGUAAAUGAUAAGAUGAUAAUAAAGCAAAAGAAAUUCCAA